CCUAAUUCAUUCAUGUUUUUAAACAUUCCCAAAAACAAAAGUAUAUUCCCUCUUAACAUUCAUUCCCUAAAAUUUUGUAUGCCAAUUUGAUAUGCGAAAAUGGUAAUUAUAUCAUCUUUUGAUCUGGAAAUUAAAAAAAAAAAGACUACCACAACUAAAAGCAACAAACAAAAUAGCACGACAGAUCGUCUGCUACACACACACAUAUAUAUAUAUAUAUAUAUAUACAGGCCACGCCACUUCGUCUCCCUCCGUCUCUGUUUCUCUCUCUAAACAAGUAGGACUUUUGAUUGCGAUCCCACCUGAUCUUCCAUGGCGACGAUUUCCCGCCACUUAACCGCCGGUUUGACGGCGUCGACCAGUCCGCUCCAAUUGCGAAAUGCGAAGCCAGCUCAAUCCGUUUCCCUAAUCCGUCGAAACCACAUCGAUCGUCUUCCUCCGAUCUCUCUGCGUUCUUCUCGGAGGUCGAAGCUAUGGAUGGUCGAGGCGAUGCUGCCGGCGAGACCCUGGAACAACAGAUCCGAAGGCGGGAUCGGAGAGGCGGCAGAAAUCAAGAGGCGAGGCGCGUGCGGUUACGCGAUCGGCGAUAAGGAAAUCAGCGGGAGCGGCGGCCAUGUGGUCGACACGAAUUUCGACCGGGUCGUGGAGGUGGCGAUUGCGGCUGCGGCCACGGCCGCCCUGGGCGUUGGGAACCGCGUGAUGUAUAAGCUCGCGCUUGUUCCUCUCAAGCACUACCCCUUCUUCCUCGCGCAGUUCUCCACCUUCGGGUAUGUUGCUGUAUAUUUUGCUAUCUUGUACCUUCGACACCGUUCUGGAACCGUUACAGAUGAGAUGCUCUCCGUGCCAAAAAUGCCAUUUUUAGUUGUUGGCGUCUUGGAGGCUCUAGCUGCAGCUGCUGGAAUGGCUGCUGCAGCAAAUCUUUCGGGGCCAUCCACUACAGUUUUAUCUCAGACAUUUCUUGUCUGGCAAAUACUCUUCUCUGUUAUUUUUCUUGGGAGGAGAUAUAGCAUAAAUCAACUAUUUGGAUGUGCUCUUGUUGCUCUUGGUGUUAUCGUAAGUGUAGCAAGUGGAUCUGGUGCAGCUCAUUCGUUAAAGGAAGCAGGGAUAUUUUGGAGUCUUCUGAUGGUUCUUUCUUUUCUUCUUCAAGGAGCAGAUACAGUAUUGAAGGAAGUCAUCUUCAUAGAUUACGCAAAGCGGUUAAAGGGUGCUUCGCUUGAUCUGUUUAUCGUGAACUCGUAUGGUUCAGCUUUCCAAGCCAUCUGCAUCGCCUUGCUUCUUCCCUUUCUCUCAAAACUAUGGGGCAUUCCGUUUAACCAACUUUUCAGCUAUCUCAGAGAUGGUGCUGCUUGCUUUAUGAACAUUGGUACUAUGACAAUGGGAUGUGAAGGGGCACCGCUUCUUCCAGUGUUGUUUGUCAUUGUCAACAUAGCAUAUAACAUCGCCCUCCUACGCCUCAUCAAGAUCUCAUCCGCUGUUGUGUCUUGUCUGGCAUCCACUGUUUCAGUGCCGAUAGCUGUGUACAUGUUUACACUUCCCCUACCAUACCUUGGUGUUGCGUCAUCACUUCCGACGGGAUUUGUAGCCGGAACCUUCAUACUUGUACUAGGAAUGCUCAUAUACGCUUGGACACCAUCCAACGAUCCCAAUUCCGUAAUCCCUUCGGCACCUUCCACCUAGUUUCUCUCCACCACCAUCUCCGAGCACACACCAGCAUAUAUUCAUCCUGGCUUGAAUUCCAUCACCUCGUAGGCUUGGUUUGAUCUCUCCUCGCGUGGAAAAAAACCAGGAAAUAAAAAGAAGAGAGCGAAAAAAAAAGAGAGCAUUCAUGUAGCAAUUUUUGUAUUCUCUUAGGCCUAUUUUGUUUACUAUCAAUGGGAAGACGAAUGCGUGGUUCAGACAAGAACUGGUUCCAAGUAGUGGCUGAGCCAACAAAGAGGUUGGUGUAUUGUUGUAGCUUUGUUUGUCGAUAGAAGAGUGACCAAUCCAAUACCAUCCCCAUUUGUGCUUUCUUUUGGUUAAUAGCUCGAUUCAUCAGUGAGGUUUCUUGUC